CGAUGUGGGAGGGGCGGUGGCCACGUGGCUGCCAUGGCAACCGGCCCGGCCCCCGGGAGGCGGGAGCGGUGGCGGAGCCGGGGCUGCCAUGGCUGGGACGCUGCUAGCGCUGCUGGCCCUGCUUGGCGGCUCCCAGGUGUUCUCCUUGCGUGAUUGCUCGCGGUUUUCCUUCGUGAUAUCCGCAGCUCUGUGUCAUCAGUGUGUCCCCUGGUCCCUGCAGGGCGAGGAACACAAGUGCCAGGUUUUAAAAGCAAAGAACUUCUCUCAUUGGAAGGGAGAGCAACAGAUGUACAAGCUGGACAUAGGCUGGCCUAAAGCUCCAGAACACUUCACUGGCCAAACAUUUUGUGUUGCUGUUGACUCUCUCCAUGGUUUGGUCUAUGUAGGACAACGGGGAGACAAUGUGCCAAAGGUACUUGUAUUCUCAGAAGAAGGCUAUUUUCUUCACUCCUGGAAUGAUACAGUUGAAAUGCCUCAUGGUAUCUUUGUAUGGAACACUGAAACAGGAAGUUCAGUGUGGAUCACAGAUGUUGGAACAGGGAAAUAUGGACACACAGUGAAACAGUAUAGCCCUUUGGGUAAACUUAUGCAGGUCUUGGGCACACCUGGUAAUGCUGGUUCAAGUUUGAUUCCCCUGCAAUUUGAUCAACCAGCAGAUAUCUUUGUGGAGGAAACUGGAGAAAUCUAUGUUGUUGAUGGAGACGGAGGAAUGAACAACAGAUUGCUCAAACUAUCAGAUGACUACAAAGAGAUAUGGCUGACUGGAACAAAUGGGAGUGGCAUUGGUCAGUUCAAGAUUCCUCACAGCGUAACAGUGGAUGCUUUUGGACGGGUAUGGGUUGCAGACAGAGGCAACAAGAGAAUCCAAGUUUUUGAUAAAGUCACAGGAGAAUGGCUUGGGUCUUGGAAUGGCUGUUUUUCAGAAGAUGGACCCUAUUCUGUCAGGUUUACUGCCGAUUACAAAUAUCUGAUUGUAGCUCAGCUGAAUAUCAACCGGUUGGCAAUCUUGGCAGCACCUCCAGUCGGCUCCAUUGGGGACUGUGCCAUAGUCCACAGUGUCCAGCUGGCUGAUGAAACCAAACCACACCUCGUGGAUGUAGACAUGAGGAGUGGAGCAGUCUAUGUUGCAGAGAUUGGAGCCCAGCAAGUACAAAAAUAUGUACCCUUAAGCUGAUGGUUUCCCACAACUGCUGUGGCACAAGCUGUGUGACAUUUAACACCUAUGACCACAUUUCCUUGAAUUCUUUAUGGAUUGUGUUUCCUUAGACAAGCACAGAACUGCACAAUUGCUCCCAGAACUGUAGAACUAUGACUCUCUCCUAGCUGUUCUGGAGUUUUGGAGAAAUACUUGGUCUUGAGCUGUUACUUGUUUAAGUAAUGAUAUGGUGGCUUUUACUUUUGUUCCAAUUGUAAAAUGAUAAGCAUUUUAAUUUUAUUAUAUAAAACUUCACAAACACAACUGUUCAUCUUAAAUGUAUAGAGUCAACUUGGGGCUCUGCUUAGCCUGUGUGUGUUGUUAAAUGGUCAGAAAAGUCUGAAAGAAGUUCUAUAAAUUAUUUUCUGAGAGAAGAGCACUUCAUUUCAAUGUUUUUUCACUUUGUUUUCUGAAUGGUUGUACUGAUACUGUCCAACAGAGAAUAUAAGAUGUGUCACAAUGCUAAAUUAGAUGCUGCUGGAUAUUGGUGUCAGUACUGGCAUCUGCCUUAGGUGGUUAAUGACAUAAGUAUUGAAAUCUGUUUUCAGCUCUAGCUAAAGCCAUAAAGUCUGUAAUAAGCUUGAGCUAAAUUGAUAUUAGACACUUCAAACUAAAUUAAAAGUAUCUGCACAGCAGCCAACUACUGAUUCUUAACUAAAUUAGUUCUUAACCUUACUUGAUUUAUAUCAGUGUGAGUUUUCAGUUCCAUAAGAUUUCAUAGUGGAACAUAUUGAGAUUCAAGUUGUGUUAAGUUCAAGAAAAACAAAUUGCAAUUUGCUAUGAAAGUCUUAAUCAGCAGUAGGGACUGGGAGACAUAUGAUUUUCUUCUGAUUUAAUUGAAGCUCUGUCAGUUAACAGCAAAGCAUCUGUUUUAAUUUAUUUCCAGAACUCAGACUUCAUCAACUUCAUUAAUGUGUAGAGUUAAGUUUCUUACACUAUAUUAUAGCAGAUGUCUCUAAGCUCUGUCCUAAAAAGUCCUGCCUCUCCAUUCCCAGAACAAAGUGGUUCUGCUUUCUUUGCAUGUUGCUACAAGAUUUUAAGUUCACUUUAUAGCAUAGAGGGAACCAGAUACUGGAAAAAUGGGAUGGGGAAGAUGACAUGGCAGAAAUGAGACUGUGGAUAACUGAUUACUACGGUAAAAUUGUGGAUCCAAAUUCUGUAUUUUCUAGCUCUUUAAAACAUUUGAGAGGAUUUUUGCACACACUUAUUCUACUGUGUAUGUUAUUUUAAUGCUAAUUACCAGCUAAGAGAGGUCAUUUUUUUCAACUGUCUUAGAAAGGGAAUAUGAAAACAGAAUUGUACUGAUGGGAAAUACCUACUUCAGUGAAUAUUGUCAAAAGCAAAUGCUACUUAAUUUGGUAGGUUUCAACCUGUGAUCACAAAGUUGUGAGUCAACAGAUGGAAAAACUGUUCAGAAAAGUCAGAUCCAUACUUUCUCUGAAAAGUAACUCAGCUAUGGAGCCUGACUGCCUGAUUUCAGCACUAUUUGAGAUUAAUGCACUAUAUGUGAAAGCUUUGUUGUUUGCUACAUCCACAACAAUAAGACCAGAUCCCACCUGGGGCUCCCCUCACUCUAACCUUUGCAGGAGAACUUCAAGUUUAUACACUAGCAAAUAUGGUCCAUCACUCAUGUGGUCUUGAAUGGGAGCUAGUAAGCAAUAUUUAUUUGCUGAAAAAAGUAGCAGUACUUCUUCUAGACCAAUGUGAAUAUGUCCACACAGUGUGCUGUGUGGCUUUUCUAACUAGCUUUUGACUAGCUCAGGGAUCUCUGCUCUGUGUGCAAUUUAGCUAUUUCUUGUCUACACAAGGUGGGUUUAUUUUUAAAAAUUUUACCAUAAAAUCAUUAUUUGAGCAUAUCUUGGUGUGUAGGGGGUCCAGGCAUACCCAUCUUUCUUCACUACAUCCUCUCCUUAUUUAUUUUUCCUUUGUCACAUCCAUUUGAAAAUAGAACUCCAAGCUCUCUGGGAACAUGUUUUUGUGUUCAGUAAAGCAAUGUAGUGCACUUUUGGAUGUUGACAAAUAACUUACUUGUACGAGUUUCUGCUUGCUGCAUUUAUCUGCUCUCAGCUCUUUUUCAUGAACUUUUGGCUCCAAGAAAUGGGGAGCACUCAUCCAGUUUUGUGUGGCUUUACUGAAAUAGACCAAGGUGCCAAAAUGUGCCUUGCCACUAGGCAUUUGGGUAUCUGUGAUAACAAGGGCCAAGGGAUGUUUAUUAGUAGUAAUUAUGAGAUGCUUAGACUCUAUUUUAUCUCUGUAUCUAUGACUAGACUGAGAAAAUAAUUUUGUGCACUAAUUUGCUAAUUCUCUGAAUGUUUUCUUAUGUAUCACCUUGAAACCAAUUUCUGAAGAAAUGCAUAGCAGGAGAAUUUGAUAAAAUAAAUUGAGAGAUUCGCAUUAUUAAA